GCCGUGUGUGUGUUUGGGCUCCAUGGAUCACACGCUGUUCGGCUGCCUGCGCAGCCCCCACGCCCCGGCGCAGGCCCUGCAUCCCGCCUUCACCCAGUCCCCCCUGACUCUCCACGGACGCUCGGAUCACAUCUCCUACCCCGACCUGGCCUCUUCCUCGUCCUCCUCCUCCACGUCCUCGCCGUCCCCGUGCGUCAUCUCCAGCUACUCGGGCGACGACGGCCUGUUUCCCGGCCAGCACCACCACCACCGGAGCCACCUGCCCUCCCAGCAGCAUCACCACCACCAGCCUCAGCACCACGGAUCCUGGCACAUCCCACAGAUGCCGUCACCUGGCGGCGGCUCACGCCACGGCCUUUGCCACCCGCAUUCCCUGUCGUCCCAUGAGAACGGGCCCACGCCGCCGGACCUGGGCCACCCCGGGCCACCCAGCAUGUGCGCCAGCACCCCGACUCUGGGCAGCGGCAGCACCCCGACGGGGGCUUCCUGUGUGCCUGCAGACUUCGGCAGGCAGACUCUGUCACCCGCUGAAGCGGAGAAGAGGAACGGCAAGAGGAAAAGCGACAGCUCAGAGUCCCAGGACGGGAACUACAAGCCAGACGUGAGCAGCAAGCCCAGGAAGGAGAGGACGGCGUUCACCAAGGAGCAAAUCCGCGAGCUGGAGGCCGAGUUCGCCCACCACAACUACCUGACCCGGCUAAGGCGCUACGAGAUCGCCGUGAACCUCGACCUCACCGAGAGACAAGUGAAGGUGUGGUUCCAGAACCGGAGGAUGAAGUGGAAAAGAGUGAAAGGCGGCCAGCAGGGGGCGGCAGCUCGCGAGACGGAACUGGUGAACGUGAAAAAAGGAACGCUUCUGCCGUCGGAGUUCUCCGGCAUCGCCGCGCUGCAUCAUUCGACGGACUCCUUAGCCAACGAGGACAGUCAUGACAGCGACCAGAGCUCCGAGCACGCUCACUUAUGAUGGACGCCAACCCCUAUCCGCCCCUGGAGCUUCCUCAGAGGGAACUGCUGUCGGAUGAUCCGCCGCCACCGUCACACGACGACGCUAAACGAGUGUACAAACGCAGAGGAGUGAAAAAAACAAAUAGCUGCACAGGCAUCGUGUAAAUUUGAAGAACUGAGGACAUUCGAUGAAAGUUUUAUUGAUAAAUGACAAAAAAAAAAAGGACAAAAUGCAGUGCUUUGAAUAAGUAUUUGAACCGUUGCAGAUUUCUUGUUUGUAGUUUUUCGUCACACAUAAAUCUGAUUUUUUUCAAUAUCAAACAUAACCUCAGUAAAUAAUAAAAUAUAUACAUGUAUAUUUUACAUUUAUGAUUCAUUUAGGGGAAAAUGCUCUACAAGCAUGCAGCAUUUGCGUUAACAUCCAACAUUGUGGAGGGAUUUUUUUCUCACUCUGUACCAGAAACAUUUAUUGUUUUUAAGUCUAACCAGCAGCCAUGACAGCAUCCAGACCAUUACAGAAUUUGACUAGGCCACUCAACAAUCUUUGUCUUGUUUUUUGAAGCAUUCAGAUGCGGAUUUGAUUAUAUAUUUCAGAUCAUAAAAGCCCCAGAUAAUCACACAACCACCAUGUUUGAAAAGGGUUUCUAACUCUUUACCAAUAAAUAAAUGUCUGUGAUUUUCCCUUUUAUUGAAUUUCUUUAGACUUUUGGCCUACUUCAUGUUCUAUUUAAGUAAUUUCCAAAGAUUUUGAUAAAUGGUUUCAUUGUUGACGUAUUACUGAGAAUGACUUGGGACUUGUUUUUUUCAGUUUAAUACAUAAAUUCAUACAUUUUCUAUUACCUUUGAUAUAACCUCUAGUUGUAUGAUUUGAAACCUUUGGGUGUGACAAAAAAAAAAAGAAGAAAUCUCUGGAGACAAAUACUGUUUCACUUCACUGCGUCUUGAUUAUGGAAAUUGACUGAAAAAGUAAAAAAAUAAACUGUUAACAUUCCAUGUUUUGUCUCUUUGCAGGAGCAGCCUGAAGCUUUGAUUUGCACUGUUGAACUUUUAAGUCUGCGCCUGAUUGGUUCCUACUGUUUAAAAUGUAAAUUACGCUGUAAUUAAGUGUUUGACUCAACCAGGUGCCAGGAAAUCUGAUCUGCCUUGCAAAUAUGAGUGAUCUGUAAAUAAGUGUUAGUCUUGUCUUACCGUAACAAUAAGCCUAUACCCAGACUGUUCAGCUCAUGCAGUAAUGCACACUGACGGCUCGUUAGCUGGCGUUUUUCUGCCUGGAGAUGACUUUUUCUCGUUGUUUUUUUUGCAAUUGAUUUGAAACCUGAGGCAGGGGACAGUUGCAAAUUGAAUAAAACUUUUAAGAGUGGUUAAUGAA